AUCACCGCAGCUGGAGAGAGAGAGAGAGAGAGAGAGAGAGAGAGAGGCAGCGCACCGCAGGCAAGAAUACACGGGAACGACGGGAAGAGAGGAGGCUGCCCCAUCCAUCCGUCCAUCCAUCCAUCCUAUGAAGUUUCCCGCAGGACUUUAUUCACUUAUGGCUGCAUGAGAGGCUCUGUACCUCCACGUUCCCCUCUCUUGCUCCUUUUGGGACUUUUGGCUUACCGGUUGUGUCCUGAUAUAAAGCAGUUGUCAAAAAUAUAAUCCGAGCUCUGUCGAUCCACGCGUGGUGUGGACGGGUGGUCAUGGAUACACCUAUCAGAUGGAAAGUAAAGAGGAGGUUUAAGGAGUUGCGGCUGUCGGUACUCGUUGUGUUACUGACGUUUGUCACCUCCCGAGCGAGCGCAGCUCAGCCAGCCGAUCUCCUAAAGAUUUUAGAUUUUCACAGUUUGCCAGAUGGCGUAACAAAAACGACAGGUUUCUGCACACACAGGAAGACGUCGAAAGGGCCCGACGUCGCCUACAGAGUCACAAAAGAUGCACAACUCAGCGCUCCGACUAAACAACUUUAUCCCUCAUCCGUGUUUCCCGAGGACUUCUCUAUCCUGGCAACGGUGAAGCCGAAGAAAGGCAGUCAGUCCUUCCUGCUGUCGGUCUAUAACGAACAGGGCAUCCAGCAGCUCGGAUUAGAGGUUGGCCGGUCUCCGGUCUUCCUGUACGAGGAUCACCUGGGUAAACCUGGCCCAGAGGACUACCCGCUCUUCAGAGGGGUCAACCUGGCAGACGGAAAGUGGCACCGUGUGGCGAUCAGCAUUCACAAACAGAGCAUCACUCUGAUUUUGGACUGUAAGAAAAAGAUCACACGGACGCUAUCCAGAAGCCCUCAUCCCAUCAUCGACACCAAAGGGAUUGUGGUCUUUGGAACGCGUAUACUGGACGAGGAGGUGUUUGAGGGUGACAUUCAGCAGCUGAUGAUUGUAGCAGACCACCGGGCAGCAUUUGACUACUGUGAGCACUACAGCCCUGACUGUGAGGUUCCCGCCCCAGAACAGCACCAGAACCAAGACCCAAACACUGAUGAAUAUAACACCGAUGAAAACUACUAUUAUGAAUAUCCAUACUAUGAGGACAUGGAGAAGACGGACGAAACGCCGACAACCGAUGAAGCGACUGGAACGACGACAGAAGACCUGACGGUGUCUCUUCCGGAUAACAGUCGUGUGAUUACCUCAGUUAUCUCUGGAAGUUCAGGAAGAACUGGAGGAUCCAGCAGUUCGUCCAGUAGCUCUUCGACCUCCUCGUCUUCCUCAUCUUCAUCUUCUGGCUCUUCCCCAAAAACCGGCGAGGACGCGUACGAAUCCUACGAUGGAUACGAUACCGGUUACGAUGGCUACUACGACGAGUCGACCUCGCGGCCCGACGGCUCUCGGACCAUCACGAUCACCAGCACAGGUACUGGCGGAGAAGUGGACCUCGGAUUGGGCGGAGAAGUGGAUCUCGGCUUGGGCGGCGAGGUGGAUCUCGGACUGGACGGUGAGGUGGAUCUCGGACUGGGAGGAGGAGUGAACAGGCGCGUCAUCACAUCUGGAGGAGGAGGAAGUGGCAGAGUUCACACAACCUACACUAUCACACAUAACGGAACCUCUAGUUCUGGAUCCGGUGUGAGUACCGGCUCCGGCUCAAGUGUGAGUACCGGCUCUGGCUCCAGCGUUAGUACAGGUUCCGGCUCCAGGGUCGGUGGCGGCUCCAGCUCUAGUGUCAGUACCGGCUCCAGUUCUACCUCGGUCAGUGGUUAUGAUGACAACAAUUACGGAGACUAUGAAGUUGGUAACAAUGGAGGAUAUGAAGAUGGAGAUUACACACUGGGCGGUGGCGGCAGCAGCAGCAGCACCUCUGUGUCCGUUGGAGGUGGGUCUGUUUCUUCAAGUGGCUCAGUGGGAGGGGGCGGGUCCACCAGUGCCGGCACCAGCGUGGGGACGGGAUCCACUGCCACAGGAGCUGGACAGGGAGGAAUCGACGGAGAGAGGGGAUCCAUUGAUAUUGACAAGUUCAAGGAGGAGUCCAUUGGAGAUUACACAGAUGAAGACCUGGAGAAUUAUGACUAUGACAACGAAUACACUGAUCCAAUUAAAGGGCUUCCUGCGGAGACCGGCGAGUCCUACGGCCAGGUGGAUGGAAUCAGAGGAGAGAAAGGCCAGAAGGGAGAGCCUGCUAUCAUUGAACCAGGGAUGCUGGUUGAAGGACCUCCUGGUCCAGAGGGUCCCACGGGUCUCCCCGGUCCUCCAGGUACAUCAGGACCCCCAGGUAGCCCGGGAGAGACUGGUGAGAGGGGUCUUCCUGGUCGCUCUGGUCUGCCCGGUGCUGAUGGUCUACCAGGACCUCCAGGGACAGUUCUGAUGUUGCCUUUCCGCAUGAGUACUGGAGGAGACAGUAAAGGUCCUGCUGCUUCUGCACAAGAGGCUCAGAUGCAAGCCAUCAUGCAACAGGCCAGGCUGGCAAUGAGAGGUCCAACCGGACCAAUGGGAUUGACCGGCCGUCCUGGUCCUCUGGGUCCUCCUGGUGUGCCUGGAUUAAAAGGAGAGUCUGGAGAGGCAGGACCACAGGGUCCCCGUGGUCCAUUGGGAUCUAUGGGCCCUGCUGGAAAGCCAGGUAGAAGGGGUCGAUCCGGAGCAGAUGGAGCGAGAGGAAUGCCUGGGCAGACCGGACCGAAGGGUGACAGAGGAUUUGAUGGUCUUGCUGGUUUGCCUGGUGAAAAAGGCCACAGAGGUGAGACGGGACCUCAGGGCCCACCGGGACCUCCAGGAGAAGACGGAGAAAGAGGUGACGAUGGUGAGGUUGGACCCAGGGGUCUGCCUGGAGAGUCAGGUCCUCGUGGUUUGCUGGGCCCCAAAGGUCCCCAGGGUCCCCCAGGAUCUCCCGGUGUGACCGGAAUGGACGGUCAUCCAGGACCUAAAGGAAACAUUGGACCUCAAGGUGAGCCCGGCCCUCCUGGACAACAAGGCAACCCUGGAGCUCAGGGACUUCCAGGUCCUCAGGGAGCAAUCGGACCACCAGGAGAGAAGGGUCCCAAUGGAAAGCCGGGACUACCGGGAAUGCCAGGAGCAGAUGGACCUCCGGGUCACCCUGGUAAAGAAGGACCUUCUGGGGAGAAAGGACAUCUGGGACCACCUGGUGCUCAAGGGCCUAUUGGAUAUCCUGGGCCUAGAGGUGUAAAGGGUGCUGAUGGAAUCCGCGGGCUGAAAGGAAACAAGGGUGAAAAGGGAGAAGAUGGUUUUCCUGGAUUUAAAGGAGAUAUGGGCAUCAAAGGAGAUCGGGGAGAACUUGGAGCCGCUGGACCCAGAGGUGAAGAUGGACCAGAAGGACCCAAAGGAAGAUCCGGUCUCCCCGGAGACCCUGGACCUCUCGGGUCAACCGGAGAUAAGGGUAAGCUCGGUGUGCCCGGUUUGCCAGGUUAUCCAGGAAGACAAGGCCCCAAGGGUUCUCAAGGAUUCCAGGGUUUCCAAGGAGCCAGUGGAGAGAAAGGCACAAGGGGGACCCCAGGGAAGCCAGGUCCACGGGGACAGAGAGGACCAACGGGACCUCGAGGAGAAAGAGGACCCAGGGGACCCACAGGAAAAGCAGGACCAAAGGGCAACUCAGGAAGCGAUGGCCCCCCAGGACCACCCGGUGAACGGGGCCUGAUGGGACCACAAGGGCCUACUGGAUUCCCCGGCCCCAAGGGCCCACCUGGACCAGCUGGAAAGGAUGGGCUGCCCGGACACCCCGGCCAGAGAGGAGAAACUGGUUUCCAAGGUAAAACUGGACCACCCGGACCCCCAGGUGUUGUCGGACCUCAGGGGCCAACAGGUGAAACAGGACCAAUGGGAGAACGAGGCCACCCUGGACCCCCAGGACCACCCGGUGAACAGGGUCUGCCUGGACCUGCAGGCAAAGAGGGAGCGAAGGGAGAUCCAGGUCCAGCAGGUCCCACAGGUAAAGAUGGACCUCCAGGGCUACGAGGAUUCCCAGGCGAGAGAGGUUUACCAGGCCCUGUGGGAUCAGCAGGUUUGAAAGGAAGUGAAGGCCCUCCUGGUCCACCUGGACCUUCUGGUUCUCCUGGUGAACGUGGUCCUGCUGGCCCAGCCGGUCCCACCGGCCUACCGGGCCGACCCGGACCUCAAGGACCCCCGGGCCCUGCUGGAGAGAAAGGUGGACCUGGUGAGAAAGGACCUCAAGGCCCAGCCGGUAGAGAUGGCAUUCAGGGACCGGUUGGACUUCCAGGCCCUGCCGGACCAAUUGGACCUCCGGGAGAGGAUGGUGAUAAGGGAGAGAUUGGAGAACCAGGACAGAAGGGAAGCAAAGGUGACAAGGGCGAGCAGGGUCCUCCAGGGCCAACCGGUCCCCAGGGGCCCGUGGGUCAGCCUGGUCCUUCUGGUGCAGAUGGAGAGCCAGGUCCCAGAGGUCAACAGGGUCUGUUUGGACAAAAGGGAGAUGAGGGAUCUCGAGGUUUCCCGGGACCACCCGGACCCGUCGGCCUUCAGGGUCUACCUGGACCACCUGGUGAGAAAGGAGAGACUGGUGAUGUCGGUCAGAUGGGUCCUCCUGGACCACCCGGACCCCGAGGACCCUCUGGACCCCCAGGAGCCGACGGACCCCAGGGACCUCCAGGAGGUAUUGGAAACCCAGGAGCAGUGGGAGAGAAGGGUGAUUCUGGAGAACCAGGAGAACCGGGUCAACAGGGAGAUGUUGGCCCUCUGGGCCCAAGAGGAGAAAGAGGAGAGAAGGGAGAAUCUGGACCUGCUGGUUCCGCUGGUCCUCCUGGUCCAAAAGGACCACCAGGAGAUGAUGGUCCUAAAGGAAGUCCUGGUCCUAGUGGAUUCCCUGGUGAUCCUGGUCCUCCUGGAGAGCCUGGGCCACCUGGUUUGGAUGGGGCUGCUGGAGAUAAGGGAGAUGAUGGAGAAGCUGGUCAGCCAGGUUCCCCUGGACCAACUGGUGAAACUGGGCCCACCGGUCCUCCAGGAAAGAGAGGACCUCCUGGACCUGCUGGACCUGAAGGAAGACAGGGAGAGAAGGGUGCCAAGGGUGAAUCUGGUCUGGAGGGUCCGGCUGGAAAGACGGGUCCGGUUGGACCCCAGGGAGCUCCUGGAAAGCCUGGUCCUGAGGGUCUGAGAGGAGUUCCUGGUCCAGUGGGAGAACAAGGACUACCUGGUUCUCCUGGACCCGAUGGACCUCCUGGACCGAUGGGUCCUCCUGGUUUACCUGGUUUGAAGGGAGAUACUGGUGUUAAAGGUGAAAAGGGUCAUCCUGGUCUCAUUGGACUGAUUGGACCUCCAGGAGAGCAGGGCGAGAAGGGUGACCGGGGUCUGCCUGGUCCACAGGGUUCUUCCGGACCUAAAGGAGACAAUGGUAUUUCUGGACCCUCUGGACCCCUUGGACCGAUCGGACCUCCUGGACUUCCGGGUCCUCCUGGUCCUAAAGGUGCUAAAGGAUCAAGUGGUCAAACUGGUCCGAAGGGAGAAUCUGGACAUCCGGGACCUCCUGGACCUCCAGGUCCACCCGGUGAUGUCAUCCACCCUCUGCCUAUCCUUUCCAGCCCAAAACGGGCGAAGAGGAACAUCGAUGCCAGCCAGAUGAUGGACGAUGCUGCAGAUGCCAACUACAAAGACUAUGAGGAUGGUAUGGAGGAGAUCUUUGGCUCUCUGAACUCUCUCAAACUGGAAAUUGAACAGAUGAAGCACCCGCUGGGCACACAGACUAACCCCGCCCGUACCUGCAAAGACCUACAGCUGUGCCACCCAGAUUUCCCAGAUGGUGAAUACUGGGUCGAUCCAAACCAGGGCUGUUCCAGAGACUCGUUUAAAGUGUACUGUAAUUUCACAGCUGGUGGGGAGAGCUGCAUAUUUCCUGAUAAGAAGAGCGAAGGGGCCAGGCUCACCUCCUGGGUGAAGGAGAAUCCAGGGUCGUGGUUCAGUGAAUUCAAACGUGGUAAACUGCUCUCUUACGUGGAUGCAGAAGGAAACCCGAUCAGUGUUGUCCAGAUGACGUUCCUGCGUUUACUCAGUGCCACGGCACGGCAGAACAUCACCUACAACUGUUACCAGUCUGUGGCUUGGCACGACCAGGAUCAGGACUCUUAUGACAAAGCCAUCCGCUUCCUGGGCUCCAACGAUGAGGAGAUGUCAUACGACAACAACCCGUACAUCAGAGCCGCUGUCGACGGAUGUGCGUUGAAAAAGGGCUACGAAAAGACUAUUCUUGAGAUCAACACGCCAAAGGUGGAGCAGGUACCGUUUGUUGACAUUAUGUUCAACGAUUUCGGCGGAGCGACGCAGAAGUUUGGCUUCGAGGUCGGACCGGCCUGUUUCAUCGGCUAAGACUGCUCACCGAGCACACGCAAAAACAUAUUCAUUUCCUCUGAAACAAAACACAAGAAAGAAAUAGGACAACAUAUUUGUAAAGUUUUGUGUUUCCAAAAAAAAAAACAAAUUUGAAGAAAGAAUGGAUGUCUAAACAAUGGGUUAUUAAAACCUCAGUGUACCCUCUUCAUCACAUGCAAGUUUUGAAACUGGAUGAGGUCAUCGCUCAUAUAUCUCCAAGCCCCACCCACUUUACACCUGUCUGAGUCUUCGCCCUGCCCCGCCCCCUGUGAUGCCACUCCUACGGGCUAUAAUGGUUUAUUUCCGCCGCGGGGAGACCCCUUCUCCGUGUUUCACGUACGAGAAAUAGUUUUGUCUGUUUGUUUACUGGGGUUUAAUGUUGUCCUCCCUUCCACAUUCACAUCAAAGCUUUGGUUUUUUGUGCAUACUUGUCUUCCAUUCCCUGGAAUGGUGAUUAUAUAUAUAAAUAUAUAUAAAUAUUUUUUCUAUGUUUGUAAGUACUUUCUGUAUAUUUUUUUUCUGGUGAAGUGAUUUUUUGGCUCUGGCUUCAAAACGUGCAUGUGAACCCAUUGAGCGAUAAGGACAGAGCUGCUUGGAAAGAGUAGAAAACAACGUAAAGUAUCAGAUAUCUGAAACACCCCCAAAUAAAGAUAUGCAUCAGAGGGUCUGAAAAAGAGACAACAAAAUAAAGGAAAUUAAUAACAAAAUGUUUUAUUGCAGAUGUGAACGGCGUCUUUUGUGCUUUAAAUGACAAUAAACGUAAGAUAGAGAGUGCACACGGCCACAAAGUCAGCAUUGAUUUGCUCACACGGGAGUCUGAGCUCACACGUACAGGCCGUCACACUGAGGAAACACAAUAUCGGUAAACUAGGUGCUAUUUCCUUUUGUCUGUGGUGCUACAAAUAUAUACCUUUCCUGUUUUUUGUUUGUUUUGAUUGAACUUGGCUCUGCGGUGACUCCCAAGCAAUUUCACGUCUUAUGUCUCUGCCUAGGUUGUUUGGGGAGGAGGUGGAGUAUUUUUAUGCAUGUCGUACAAUCAUAUUCACUCAUAAUUGAAAACAUGUUUGCCUUUGAAUGUCAUUCCUCUGAUUUGUCCAGAUUCAAUUCCUAUUACUUGUGGAGAAAAGUGAUGUACUGAUCCUCUGAAGCACUUACACUUUACAUUACAAUGUUCAUAUUACUGAUUUCCGACUCAAACAUCUUGCGUUGUGCUGGAUGUACAAUGGACUUAUAACGCCCAGCUGCUCGUUUCAUUUUCGUUGAUUUAUAACAGCAUGUAUUGCGUGUAAAAUGGGCUUUGUAAUGUAAAGUGUUACCGUUGUUUAGUUACAACACAUCUGAGGGCUUGAAUUUUUUGUAUCGUUUCCUAUAUGGAAAUCAGUGCAAUGGAACAGCUUUCACCUCAAACGUUUAACAUAUUAAAACUUUAAACAGUUCGGAUAGCUCUGGAAAAUUGGUUUGGGACUCUGUGAAUAUCUUAAUGGAGGAUAUCUCUUACUAAACGCUUAUGCAAAGCAAUGAAUAGUUUAAUGAUUUUUUUCUGCCGAUUUUAACUUUUCCUCCAAAGAUAUUUCUCAGUUUUUGAAUAUAAAAAAAUCAAAAUUAUGUUGUAGAUUACAAAUUUCUGCUAGGUACUAUUACGUUGCUUUCAUGCACACAUAAUACUUCACAGAAAUGUUGAAUUGAAUAGAGCCACCCUUUUAUUCAUGUAAAGUCCAAUGCUAUUCUGCAUCUUUUGCCACUUCGUGCGCUUUCCCUUUCGCUUUUGACCACUAGACCUGCAAAAUCUUGCUCUUUAAUUUUUUUUUUUAAAUAUGACUUGAACUAUUUCUUUAAAGACGAUUGGAAAUGCAAAUGAACAAUCCAGUUCGAUAAACAAUAAAAAUGAUCAACUAAUUCUUCUGUACAUUUAAAAACAAGCAGAAAAUGCUGCCAAUAAAGUUUAUUCUUAUUUGUUUUUGUCUUUGUAAUGUUUGUUUGUUUGUUUGUUUUGAGUUCCUGUCAAACCUGUGUACGAGCAAAUAGAGAGAUACUGGUGUCAAUAAAUUCAAGUUUUCUGUGUCCACCCAUCUUUGUAUGUCUUUUGAAGCAUUAAAACUUUUCUGUAUGCAUGAAAUUGUUAAGCUUUUUCUCUUAAUGUUUCUUUCUUUCCCCAGUUUGGCCGUAUUAUGAUCUAGACUUGAAGUGAUCGAUGAAAACGGGCCUGUCCUUCAUUGUGAAAUGGAGCGAGAGCGAUGAUUGUUGUAACGCUCUACUAAAGCCCAUGUUCCUUUGUAGUAUAUUUAUUGUAUUAUUUAAAAAUAAAUGUUAAUUGAUA